AUUGUAAAUUAUCUCUUUCUCUCUCUUUCCUCCUGACAUAACCUCGUUUUCUCAGAUCUGUUCGGAGUUGGGAGAGAGUGGGGGCGAGCAAGAUCGCCAUGACGAACAUGGCGACUAGGGUUUCUCUUCUUCUUCUUCCUCUUCUUCUACUGUUCGUUUUCUCUUCUGACCUGGCCUUUGCGCUUUACGAAGAUCAAGUCGGACUGAUGGACUGGCAUCAACAGUAUAUCGGAAAGGCGAAGCACGCAGUUUUCCACACUCAGAAGACGGGGCGGAAGCGUGUGGUGGUCUCCACCGAAGAGAAUGUCAUCGCCUCGCUCGAUCUCCGCCACGGCGAGAUAUUUUGGAGACACGUUCUUGGGCCAAAUGAUGCUAUCGAUGAACUGGAUAUCGCACUUGGAAAAUAUGUUAUUACGUUGUCAUCAGAAGGAAGUAUUUUAAGAGCUUGGAACCUGCCUGAUGGGCAGAUGGUGUGGGAAUCCUUCCUUUCAGGCUCAAAUCCAUCGAAAUCAUUAUUAUUUAUUCCGGCCAAUUUGAAAGUUGAAAAGGAGAAUGUGAUCCUUGCUUAUGGGAAUGGAUGUCUUCAUGCGGUUUCAAGCAUAGAUGGCGAGGUUGUGUGGAAGAAGGACUUGACUGCUGAAGGCAUUGAGGUUCAGCAGUUGAUUCAACCACUUGAAAGUGAUAUAAUAUAUGCUGUAGGAUUUGUUGGCUCAUCUCAAUUUGAUGCAUACCAAAUUAAUGCUAAGAAUGGUGAGUUGCUGAAGCAUGAGAGAGGAGCAUUUCCUGAUGGCUUCUCUGGGGAAAUAUUAUCAGUAUCUAGUGACACAUUUGUGGCAUCUGAUGCCUCUCGAUCAAUUUUGGUAUCAAUAAGUGUCAGCGAUGGAGGAAUUAGCUUUUGGAAGACCCAUAUUUCAGAUCUUGUGCAGGGUAUUUCUGGAACAGCUGUACUAUUACCUUCUAAGCUUACAGGGAUAUUUGCUAUAAAAACCAAUACAUUAACAGUAUUUAUUAAAGUCCUAGAUGAAGGCAAGUUGGAAGUAGUGGACAAAAUUGAUUGUGAAGCAGCUGUCAGUGAUACUCUCUCAUUUUCAGAGAGCCAGCAAGCUUUUGCAUUAGUUCAGCAUGGAACAAGUAAGAUUCAACUUACUGUUAAACUUGGUAACAACUGGAGUAAUGAUUUGCUCAAGGAGAGCAUUGAGAUGGAUCGCCCCAGAGGACUAGUGCAUAAAGUCUUCAUUAACAACUACAUCCGAACGGACAGGUCUUAUGGGUUUAGGGCCUUGAUUGUCAUGGAAGAUCAUUCAUUGUUGCUAGUUCAACAAGGAGAGAUUGUCUGGAGUAGGGAGGAUGGGCUCGCUUCAAUUAUAGAUGUAACAAUAUCAGAAUUACCUGUAGAAAAGCAUGGUGUAUCUGUGGCAAAAGUGGAGCAGAGUCUUUUUGAAUGGCUUAAGGGACAUGUGCUGAAGCUUAAAGGAACCCUAAUGCUUGCAACCUCCGAGGAAGUAGCAGAGAUACAAAGAAUUAGGUUGAAAAGCUCUCAAAAAAGCAAGAUGACUCGAGACCACAAUGGUUUCCGGAAGCUGCUCAUAGUACUCACUAAAGCUGGAAAACUUUUUGCUUUACACACUGGAGAUGGACGAGUCAUCUGGUCUCUGUUACUGCAUUCUUUUCGUAAAUCAGAAGGAUGCCAUUCUCCUACUGGGCUUAAACUAUAUCAGUGGCAGAUCCCACAUCAUCAUGCAAUGGAUGAGAAUCCAUCAGUUCUUGUAGUAGGCAGAUGUGGACGAACUUUGGAUGCCCCUGGUGUCCUCUCUAUUGUCGAUGCUUACAAGGGGAAGGAGCUUAAUCCUUCAAGUUCCGUUCACUCCAUUGUGCAUGUUAUUCCACUGCCUUUCACAGAUUCAACAGAACAGCGCCUCCAUCUAUUGAUAGAUGGUGAUCAUUGUGCCCAUUUAUACCCUCGAACUCGUGAGGCAAUCGGGAUCUUCCAACGUGAGUUUGCAAACACAUACUGGUAUUCAGUUGAAGCCAGUCAUGGCAUUAUAAGGGGCCAUGUCUUGAAGGGCAAUUGUGCUUUUGAGGUAGCAGAUGAAUACUGUUUUAGCACCAGAGUUUUAUGGUCCAUUGUAUUCCCCCCUGAGUCAGAAAAAAUAAUUGCAACUGUGACAAGAAAAACAAAUGAGGUAGUUCACACUCAAGCAAAGGUAACAGCUGAACAAGAUGUGAUGUAUAAAUAUAUAUCAAAGAAUCUUCUUUUUGUGGCUACAGUUGCACCUAAAGCCACUGGCGAAAUUGGUUCAGUCACCCCAGAGGAGUCAUGGCUGGUUGUUUAUCUUAUUGAUACUGUGACUGGACGUAUACUGCACCGCAUGACACAUCAUGGUUCACAGGGGCCUGUCCAUGCAGUUUUUAGUGAGAACUGGAUUGUCUAUCACUACUUCAAUCUGAAAGCACACAGAUAUGAGAUGUCAGUCAUUGAGAUCUAUGAUCAGUCUCGGGCAGAUAACAAAGACGUCUGGAAACUUGUCCUUGGAAAGCACAAUCUUUCUUCACCUAUAUCUUCAUAUUCUCGUCCUGAUGUUAUAACAAAGUCACAAUCUUAUUUUUUCACUCAUACUGUGAAAACAAUUGCAGUAACAUCAACAGCCAAGGGUAUAACUUCCAAGCAACUUCUUAUUGGUACAAUAGGCGAUCAGGUCUUGGCUCUUGAUAAGCGUUUUCUAGAUCCUCGUCGAACAGUUAAUCCUACACAAGCCGAGAAAGAAGAAGGAAUUAUCCCCCUUACAGAUUCAUUACCAAUAGUGCCACAGUCUUACGUGACCCAUUCCCUGAAAGUGGAAGGCCUCAGAGGCAUAGUGACGGUGCCUGCGAAGCUGGAAUCAACUAGCCUUCUCUUUACAUAUGGGGUCGACCUCUUCUUUACCCGGAUGGCACCUUCAAGGAUUUAUGAUUCGCUUACAGAGGAUUUCAGCUAUGCUCUACUUCUCAUUACCAUUGUAGCACUCCUCGUGGCAAUCUUUGUAACGUGGGUUUUAUCAGAGAGGAAGGAAUUGCAGGAGAAGUGGAGGUGAAUCAAGUCAGUCGUCUAUGAUUUUGAUCCAUCUUUGUCCUUUCUAGUUAUUUGGCACUCAGGUUUGUCUCCACUUUUAGGAAUUCUGCUGCUUAUAAGUUGUAGUUUAUUUGACUUAUUGAUAUAGCAUCUCCACACUGAAUUUUGCUAAAUUUAGUUACGAACUUUCUAGGGUUUACUACUUGGAGGAUGUAAAUUUUCAGUUUUUCCAUGGAAAAACAUGCAAUGUUCAUAAGAUUGUCGAAAUCUGCAGUUUAAAUUUCUUUAGUUACUAUUUGGCUCCUGUGGAUUGAGAAUCAACUUGAAGGGCACUGUUGAAUUAAUUUGAUCAAGAAGGGCAGUGACAGCCGAUUGGAUUGGA